AUGUCGAGCUUGAGGAGAUUGCAGACUCUGCUGCGACACACUUCCAAGCUUCACCCAUGGGCUAGGCAGAAUCUACACCAGACCAUGACCAGGUCCUCCUCAAACAGGCUGUUUAGCUCUAGACCUGGUCCAGCUCUCCAGGUCAAUCCAAGGUGUGGUCUUGCAGAUGAUCUGCUUGAUGUGAGGGCCAGUGGAUUACUUCCGGGUCAACUUGUACAGCUUCAGGCAGAAGUGGAGUCAGAAUGCCAAAGAUUCAGGUUUCAGUCAGUGGCCAUGUUUCAAGCCGAUGCCAAAGGUCAAGUCAUAGUCAGUCAACACGCCUCUCUUGGUGGGACCUAUGAAGGUGUGGAGCCUAUGGGCCUGAUCUGGAGCUGUAAACCUGUACCAGAGGUAGCCCAUCUUUACCCGAGACUGAAGAAAGCAGACUCGAGACAGCCACUGAAGUACACCAUAAAGCUUCUAGAUCGUGGUGAGCCUGAAACCACCCUGCUUGCUUCGGAGGUGAUUGAGAGAUGCUAUCUGGCUGACUAUGUUGAAAGGGUGUCUCGGAUCCUCUCCCAGUGGUGGUUGAACUACGAGGCCUUGGUAAUGGCGUCUUGGAAGAUCGUGCAUCUCUGCUUGCGUCCCACGGGUAUGCUGUCCUUGAAAUAG